AGGGGACCAUGUGGGAUCCCGCGGAUGCACAGAAGUGUAACAUAGACAGGGGUUUGUUAGGACGGGUUGGCCUUGCUGUUGCCGCUGCCGAGUUGGGUCGUUGUCGGAUCAGGACGAAGUCGUGUCUCUUCUGCCCGCGCAGGUGGCUGCGGGAAGGUUUCGUUCUGGGCGCUGUUCGUCUGUGUAUGUGGGUGUAGUUGGGAGUUUUUCGAAGGUUGAGAGCUGGAGAGCUGGAGAGGUGAAAGAGAUUUCUAGGGUUGGUGUGAGUCAGGAUGAACGACUUGCUGUCGCAGACGUUUUCGGCUCGGAAGGCCGGAGGAGCCUACGAUGAUUUGGAGAGCGGGCCAAGUACCCAAAUGGCCGAUUUGGGUGGGGGGGACCAGAAAUUGGACGGCUUUUUCGCGGAUGUGGAGAAAAUCAAAGCGGACAUGGACAAGAUCAAGCAGCUUUUGCUGAAGCUGCAAGAGGCCAAUGAAGAGAGCAAGGGCGUGCACCGGGCGCCGGCUAUGAAGGCGCUCAGGGAACGCAUGGACACCGACAUUGCGCAGGUGAGCAAGCUUGCGAGGGGUCUCAAGGGCAAGCUUGAGGCUCUUGAGCGAGGGAACGCUGCGAGCCGGAGGGUUAAAGGGUGCGAGGAGGGAACGCCCACGGACCGGACUCGAAUGACCAUCACGAUCAAUCAGCGGAAGAAGCUGAAGGACCUCAUGGGCGAAUUUCAGGUUCUCAGGGAAAGAAUGAUGAAUGAGUACAGGGAGACCAUCGAACGCAGAUAUUAUACUGUGACCGGGCAACAAGCUGAUGAAGAUACGAUUGAGACUAUCAUCGAGACUGGUCAGAGCGAGAGUUUUUUGCAGAAGGCAAUUCAGGAGCAAGGACGAGGACAUGUCAUGGAAACUAUCAGAGAAAUUCAGGAAAGGCACGACUCUGUGAAGGAAAUUGAGAAGAAUCUGCUUGAAUUGCAUCAGAUCUUCAUGGAUAUGGCUGUGCUUGUCGAGUCUCAGGGCGAGCAGUUGAAUAACAUUGAAGCUCAAGUCAAUCGAUCUGCAUCGUACGUGGAGAGAGGUACCACCCAUUUGAGGGUUGCAAAGUCACACCAAAGAAGUAAGCGCAAGUGGACAUGCAUAGCAAUUAUUCUUCUCGUGAUCCUGCUCUUAAUUAUUAUUCUCCCUAUCCUGAAAUCUAACAAAGUAAUUUAAGGGAAUGAGUUUUGUUUUUUUUAUCAAGCCUGUCAUUUUUGGUCUUCUACAAGUGAUCCCCAGCUGAUAGUGUCUCACAGCUUCACUCUGUAAGUCUGCUACAUUUGUUUUACUUGAAAUAUGUUUUCGAUUGUAAAUUCACGUACGAGCUCAGUGAGGGGAGAGCUCAGUUUAUUUUUAUUUUUAUCAUGUUGCUUUUUUCUGCUAAAAUUAAAUGUGGUAUAGCGGGCAUAGAUUUUUUAACCUUUAUACGAAGAUGAAAAGUCUCAUGUACAAUUUUAUAAAGGUGGUUUGUUUUCAUUCGCGGUUUUCAAACCUUUAAACUGAAGUAUUUUCUAUUUUUUCAAGCAGUUACACUUGAACUAUAAAGUUGCGGUUGAGUUCA